AUGAUAAUAACAAUCAACACACAUGGCCUACCACACAGUGGAGUAAGGGAAGGAAUGAAAGAGAGGAAGUCAAGGAAUAGUAGUACUCGGCUGCAGGCCUCCAACAAUGGCCAGCCACAAGCAGCCACCACCACCACCAGAGAUCCUGGGUUGGAGAAGUUGAGGCAAUCCCAGCGUAAAGAUCGCUCCAAACUUGUCCUGUGGAGACGCCCACUCACUACACUACAUUACUUCACAAGAGAGCUGCUUUAUGAGACGUCCAAGCUAGUGAGUGGAGUGCUCCAACAUCGUAUCAAGGUUUUCCUAACAAUGCUAUUGGCAAUCGUACUAGUGCUCAGUUACUACCUCGAUGGACCUCAUCAAACAACAGUGGCAAUAGUGGAGCGUGAGUUGCUAUGGUGGUCCUAUUGGGUGGGUCUAGGAGUCCUCUCCUCUGUCGGCCUGGGUACUGGACUACACACCUUCCUACUGUAUCUAGGUCCAUUCAUUGCCUCCGUCACACUGGCUGCAUUUACUUGUAACUCUGUCGACUUUCCUGACCCCCCCUACCCCAACGACAUUGUGUGCCCAGACACAGAAGCAGGCUAUCCAAUCUCCUUUUGGACUGUCAUGAGUAAAGUGAGGCUGGAAGCAGUCAUGUGGGGUGCUGGUGCAGCCCUGGGAGAGCUGCCUCCAUACUUCAUGGCCAGAGCAGCUCGUCUGUCUGAUGGAGAAGAGGUGGAUGACAGAGACUAUGAUCAGAUAGAGGCUGUACUUCACUCCAGUCGCAAAGAUCCUCUCACAAGAGCAAAGAAAGCUGUUCAUCGUCUAGUACAGAAAAUUGGCUUCUUCGGUAUUCUCCUCUGUGCCUCUAUACCCAACCCCUUGUUUGACCUGGCUGGCAUUACUUGUGGACACUUUCUAGUGCCUUUCUGGACAUUCUUCGGUGCUACUCUAAUCGGGAAGGCCAUCAUCAAGAUGCACAUUCAGCAAGUGUUUGUCAUUCUGGCUUUCAGUGAACACCACUUGGAGUGGGCAGUGGAUCUCAUUGGGGGAAUCCCCUAUGCUGGCCCACUGAUACAAGCACCAUUCAGUGAAUUUCUCGAGAAACAGAAGGCACAUCUUCACAGGAAACCAGGAGAGGAGUUAGUGCAGGAGUCGAGUCUUAUCCAGCAGUUGUUUGGGUAUCUACUGCUGGUGAUGGUGGUCUAUUUUGUGCUGAGUAUCGUCCACUCCAUGGCACAGAACUACGCUAAGAGAACUCAAGAGAGAGAACUGCACUCACGCAACAAACACUCUCAAUAGCAUUGUGUGCAUUAAUUUAUUAUGUUGACAUAAUUUUGGCAGCAAUUAAUUUGAUGAUGAGUUUAUGAGUCAA